AUGGAGACCAUAGCAGCACUAACUAAAAAUACAUUUAAAUUAACAGCCAAUCUCAAACCACUCGAUAAAGAUAUAGUUCAACUUCAAUAAGAUUAUGAAAUCAUGAAAAAGAAUUGA